AUGUCUCGAGCGUCGCAGAUCACACUGGCGACUACGUGCGUCACCGCAAUCGGUACCGUAGCAUUUGUGCAUUGGUCGCAGAGGAACGACAAAGCCGCAAUGCACAUGGGCGUCAUCCGGGACUUCGAACAGCAACGAGUCAAGCGCGAACGACAGGCCGACUUCGAGAUGCAGAGAGAACUCGAGCAGGAAUACAGGAAAUACCAGACAGUGUCGGAUGGAGGCCCCGCUGAACCACCACCGCAAGCACGAUGA